UCCUCUUCCGCCCUGGAAGCAGUCUACAGUUUUAACAUAGAGAGACUGGACUUCAGCCUGAAGCUCGUGUGCUCCAAGUUUCAUCUGCUCUGUUUAUCACGGAGCCUUAAUUUUUAAACAGUUGAUACCCGUAAUGUUAAGUAAUGGCUGAUGACGUCAUAGAUCCAGAGAAUGCCGGAGAUCUACAGUCUCAAAUCGAGGAGGUUGAGGCUCUGUCGUCCAUAUAUGGUGAUGAAUGGUGUGUUAUAGAUGAAGCGUCCAGAAUAUUUUGCAUCAAAAUAUCCAACGACUUAGAGGAGCCAAAGCUGACAGCAUGUUUGCAGAUAAUUCUCCCACCUGAUUAUCCGAGCGCAGCACCCCCCAUCUACCAGAUCAAUGCGGCGUGGUUGCGAGGCCCUGAGAGGGCCAAAUUGGCAAAUAGCCUGGAAGACCUCUAUGUAGAGCAUGUAGGGGAGAGCAUCCUCUACCUGUGGGUGGAGAACAUUAGAGAAUUCCUGGUGAAGAAACCCAAGAGCUCUGAAACAGGCUGCAUACAAGACCAACCAUUACUUUGGCCCCUGACAGUGGAUCAACCAGAGCGGGUGAACAUGACGGCUGAAGAGGACGUGGAUGAUGAAGACCUACCUGACUUCAGGACUCUCAAACUGAACACAGAAAAUGCACAUCUCUUCCUAGAUCAUGCAAACGAUGAAGAUGUUCCUCCAAUAAAACAUGGAAAUACCAUCACAGACCGACGCAGCACCUUCCAGCCGCACUUAGCACCUGUGGUGACUCCCAGACAGGUUAAAAUGGUCCUGGAAAAGCUGUAUGAAAACAAGAAGAUUGCUAGUGCCACUCAUAACAUUUAUGCAUACAGGAUUUUCUGCGAGGACAAGAACAGCUUCUUGCAGGACUGCGAGGAUGACGGCGAGACAGCCGCAGGGGGGAGAUUGCUCCACUUGCUGCAGAUUCUGGAUGUGCGUAAUGUCAUGGUGGUCGUGUCUCGGUGGUAUGGAGGCAUUUUGUUGGGUCCUGACCGCUUCAAACACAUCAACAACUGUGCUAGAAACAUCCUGGUGGAGGAGGGAUUCACUGCCUCCAUGGAUGAAUCCACCAGAUCCGGAGCCAAGACCAAAAAGCCCAAAAGCAAGAAGGCGAAAUGAAUUUGCAAAGAAAAAAGAAGAAAGACUUUUACCCAUCACAUUUGUACAAAGUUUUACAUUAAUUUAGCUCACGUGCGUCUUAAUAGAUAACCAAACAGCAAUCCUUUGCUAUUACAACUUAUUUAUUCAAGGUAUAAGACGUCAAACUGUUAUCUCAGGUGCAUUAACUGUGGUAUUUAAAUUAAAGCUUUUGUGACAAGCAAACCUUGAAAUUAAA